AUGGAUUUUCAACUCGAGAGAGGUCGAAAUUCUGGUCGUCGUGGUCUUGAUGGUGAUUCUCAUGACGAGGCCCUCCAACGUCAUUGUGUUAACCACCGCCUAACAUGCAGUCGAUCUCCUCCUGGAGCCGCUAAUGAAGUCACAGGAAAGCGACGUAGAUCACGACAUACUGUCUGUCCCAUCUCCAGCAUGGUAGCAAAGAUGAAAAACGGUCUCUUUACUCGCUCCUACAACACCGCUAACAACAGUCAAGCAGUCGGUGGUAUCGGUGCUGCAGAUAAAGAAUCCACCUUUACAGCAGGGACUUUCCUAAGUCGCAGUCGCAAGCUGGUAGCUGAUGUGGGACAGCAUGUACCAGUACCAAUGGCUAGGGGUCGAAAGAAAAAGGCGACCGGGGACGAAGAUGCAGGCAAACAAGCCACAACUGUCUGUGACAACGAAGAGGAUGCGGACAGUGAUGAUGCAGCUAUGCCGGAUUUGCAGGAGAAUUUUGGUGUAAGUUGGCAUCAAUAA